AUGGUCUGUGAACAAUUAGAUGAUGUGUUCGCACAUGAAAAUCAACAGAGACCCGAAGUCCGUUCUCAAAUUAAAGGACCUCGCGGAAAAAAAGGACCGCCUGGAAUAAAGGGGGAAAAAGGAAAUGUUGGCACCCCAGGUCGGCAAGGUUUAUCGGGAACACCGGGUGCAAAAGGCUCGAAAGGUACAAUAGGCGUUCCUGGUGUUGCUAAUGAAACUGUACUUCAAAUACCUCCCGGAAAAAAGGACCGCCUGGAAUUAAAGGGAAAUGUUGGCACCACAGGUCGGCAAGGUUUAAAGGGACCACCGGGUGCAAAAGGCUUGAAAGGUGCAAUAGCCGCUCCUGGUGUUGCUGAUGAAACUGUACUUCAAAGAAUUCAUCAAGUGUUUCCAACUUACAUAUAUCAAAAUAAGAAUGGGAUUUCUGAACAUUAUUGUAAUGGCUUUACUUUUUUUCCAUUAGACAUUGCCGACGUUGAUGCUACAGAAAAAAGUACUGAGAACAGAAUAAACAAUUUGGAGGGAAAGUGUAUGACAAGAAGAGAUUUAGAGAAUUGCGAUGAAGUUUACGAUGGAAAGUGUUACGUGUUAAUUACAAAUGAUAACCGACUAAAUAUAGACCAAGCAAAAGGCGGAAAUACAGCAAAUAUUUACAGCAAAGAUCAUUUCUAUAAAAUGGUUGCAUUAAUCCGGUCACGAAUCGUCAUCAGGCAUUAUUACCAUCACAUAUGGACGGGAAUGACAUUGAACACGAGUACUAGAAGAAUUUAUUUAUCUAAUGGAAGAACUGCUGCCUACACACACUGGUUUCCAAACAGACUAUACAAUCCUGCAAGACCUUACGUGGGCAUUAACGUUGAAUCGGAUCCGAACAGUGUAAAUCAAGGAAUGUUUGAUGACUUUUCUACUGGCAGACUUCUUGGGGUUUUGUGUGAAAUGUGAUUUAAAGCGAACUUUAAUAUUGAUUCUUUGUUCAAAGUUUUCUUUUGUAUAUGUUUUUUAUGUAUUCAUAAAAAGGCUGAAUGAACA